CUGAACUUGUAGGUUGUUAAAGUGAAUUUUUUAUUUACAGAUAUUUUGAAAAGUUGCUUUCAUAAAAAAACUCGCCAUUAGAGGAACAUCAUGGAUAUUUUUCUCACAAUGAGGACAAGGGAUUUGCAUUUCCCGGUGAAAAAGAAGACAUUGAUAAUUGUUGUGCUGGGAAUUCUUGUGACUGCAGUUAGACCAGAAACAACCAGUACAAGUCCAAACAACGUUACAAAUGGGCAGGAAACAUCCGGCACAACUCCGAACAACGUUACAACUGGUCACGAAGAAACUGACACAACUACAAACAGUGUAACGACUACUACACCUCCUGUUCCAAGCCUGACAGUAACGCCUUCUGAAGUCGUGAUGGAGGACGGGGAUCCAGUAACAUUGUUCGUCAAUUACUCUGAUGCCACGCCCUCUACGCUGUACGCAACGGUAGACGAUACAAAUGGAAUCCAAAUCAUACUAUACGAGACAAGAAUACUUGACGUUGCUAAUCAGACAGGCGAUGGGACAAUCAAUGUGACUAUUGAUUCCGACGAUUUCAGUGACUAUGGCAACUACAGUGUUAUCUUGCACCUGAUUACUAACAUAACCAAUGUGACAACGACAGUACUGAUACACUACGAGCAACGCAUCACGAGCCUUCAUAUAAAUAGUACUUCGAAACACGUUGCCGUGGAAACAAAGGUGACUUUCUUUCUGUACCUCAGCUCCGGUAGCAAUGUUCUUAUUGAAUGCUACAUAGACGAGAACGUUCUUGUAUUGACAAAACCACUCAAUCAACAGAGACGUACAGAACUAUCAUAUAAGUUCAAGAAAGCCACAACGACAAACUUUACAUGCAAAGCCUCUAAUAGGCUAGGACACGUAAAUGCGUCAAUGCCCAUUGUAUCUCAAUAUCCGGUUGCGGGGUUCUCCUUGCAGAGAAAUCAAUCCCUGGCCAAAACAUCAGAAUUUGUUUACUUUAUUUUAACUUUUGCCCAAUCCACUCCUGCUCCGAUGGGCAACGUUCAGGUGAAUGUUUCUUUUGGUGAUGGUGAAAAUCAAUAUGUUCGAUUAGACGACAUGGAAAACUUCACUUCUAUGUACAAGAAUCACUCAUAUGUGGACCAAGGGAAUUAUACAGCGAUUUUUCGUAUAUAUUCUGAAAUCAAUACUCUUACCCUUCGCCAUGAGACUUUUAUCUGGAACCCACUCAAUUUGUCUUUGACAGCGAGUUCUUUAGAAGCCGAAGUGAAUCAAACAAUACAAUUCUAUUUAUAUCCGGCGGGCUUCGGUUUUGAAUUUGCGGUUCAGUACGGCGAUCACAUAGAGAAGAAAAGUCCGGAUGGAGCUCUUUAUACAUUCUUCAAUACAUCCACGUGGAUGUACGCAUAUUCAAAUCCCGGCAUGUAUGUUGUACAACUGACAGCUUGGAAUCCAUUCUACACAACAAGCACCAGCUUUUCAGUCACUAUACAAUACCCUCUUCCAGACGCUGUUAUCAAUUUAUCACCCCAAUAUGAAGAGAUACCGAUUCCAGACGGAAACAUGACAUUCAAUUUAUCGAUGGACUCUGACUUGCCAUCCCCAACUGAUGUAGUCUGUAUUUUUGAUUUCGGAGAAGACAAAAACAUAAGUAGAACCCAAACAAAAAUAGAAUUCGGAGUACCAGUUAUUAAAACCUUUAAAUAUGAAAGACCAGGUUUAAAACUAGUGCGUUUCGUUUGUUUUAAUAUGGUCAGUAACUCAACUAAAACAUCAACGGUGUCUGUUAGAGACUUCAAACUCCAGAACUUUACCAUUGCUGUGCCAGACGAAGUGAUGAUGAACAUGAGCAUCACUUUGCCUACAGACGAAGAUGGGGCGGCUGUCUUCUCUAAUGAUCCCGUUCAUGUAGGUUUCUCAGUGUCCCUAUUCAACUGUUCCCGACUCCCUCCCGACAUCGAUAUAGCUUGGGACUUCGACACAGGCAAAAUUUCAGAAUGGUAUUCUCUUGUGUCAGGAUAUAUUCAACAUCAAUUCACAGACAGAAGAAUCCACACAGUCCAUGUGCAUUUGCGAUCAGCAGACGAGAACCACACUUCUGUUUUUGAAGUCAAGGUCGGUGUAGUGAAUUUUACAACAAGCGCAUUUCAAGGAUAUCUUCAGGUUUCAAACGAGCUAACAUUUACUGCUAGUGGACCUUCAGAACUAUGCAAUUAUUCCAUUAAUUUCGGUGUCGAUGACAUUGUUCGUAUUAACAGCACUACACGUAUGAAUGUAACUUUCAUCUACGAACAAUAUGGGGAAUACUAUCCCCAUCUCACUGUCCAAAAUGAGCAUUUCUAUGAAAGACUCUACCUAACGAAAAAGAUUAAAAUUGACUACAUUUUACCCCUGAUUUUUACCUUUUCCAAUACCUCAGUAUUGAUACCACCAGGUGAUAUCGUCGUCAACAUUAGCAUUAAGGAGACAACUCCUAUGAUAACGUGUUCUUUUCAAAUGGGAGACAAACUGGAUACUGAUGAAAGGGUCAUCUCACAAAAUAUUUCUGCAUAUAAACCCCUCAGUUUUCACUUCAUGUACCAAACGUUUGGUAGCCAUGAAACAUUUAUAUAUUGUUAUAAUUUGAUCGACAACGUUACAAAGACAACAGAAGUUCAGGUCAUCAAUAAAUGUUUUUCCUACGGGGGUGAGAUCGCAGGAAUAUUUGCCUGGCAGUUUUACGAGAGCAGUAACCCGCUUAUUGUUUCAACUUCGGAAGAAACUGACUUGUCCAAUCGAAUGGCUGUCGAGUGUUUUCGGCAAAAUCCUAACUUUGACUGGAAAAUAAAUAAUAAAAGUGUAUCAAUCAGUGAUAACAAAGGAACAUUCCGGUUUCAUAGAGCAAGUAUGGAACCGGGUGACUACAAAGUCAGUUUGAACGUGACAUUGGACGACACGUGGCACGUUGAACAUAUAUACAUUCGAUUCAUUAGACCAAGUCCUUUUGCAAGGAUCAAAGGAGGUUCAGAGCGCAAUGUAACGCAAGGGAUAGUUCCUAUAGAUGCAAUAUCUACGUCCUACAGCAUAGAACAUGGCUACGGUCACACGGAUGGUCUUAACUUUUCAUUUCGAUGUUACAGAUCAGCUCAUACAAAUUUUUCCAACAUCCGCGAAGAGUUCUCAGACAUCAUCACAAACACGAGCUUAAUAGAAUACACCCCUGGUAAUCUUACCCAUCAUGGUACGGAUUGUGGAGAGGCAUUUGAAGUCACUUCAAGAGGCGUCGCUACGCUUGACGUGAAUGCAUCAAGUACGGACAAUGGUUUUCUGAUUGCUCUGAAAGUCAGUCAGAGCAACACAACCCCGAGUGUCUUCUUUCAGGCAAUGAGUAUAAGUAAAGAUGAUCGACCUCAAGUUGAAAUCAAAUGCGAGAUGAAUUGCAGAGACAAGCUAGCGAUACAGAGUCAACUGAAACUCAGGGCAGAAUGCAAAACAGAUUUUGACAUCUCCGAGUCACUGAUUUAUGAGUGGACUCUCUUCAAAAUUGGUUCAAACGAGAACCAUGAGAGUGUGGAUCUAUCGCAAAAUAAAACACAGACAGGGACAGAACAAAAAAUACUUGUGGUGAAUGAUGGUGUGUUUGACGAAGGAAUGACGUACAUGUUCGAGGUAACUGUGACCCCUGAAACCCAGAUGUCUUCUGGGAAGGCAAACAUCUACUUCAAAACAAACAUGGUACCAUAUGGCGGUCACUGCUCUGUGCCACCCCCAUCAGUUUUUUUAGGAAUUGGUAUGACAACAAGAUUCAAAGUAAAAUGUGAGGAAUGGAAGGACGAAGGUCAGCGAGACCAGAAAAGCAGUGAACUGGACGCGAAAGAAUCUAUAAAGUACGAGUAUAUUCAGGAAACAAUGCGGGUAGUAAAUGGAAAGACGGAAGUUUCACAGUCUGAACUGUUUUUCGGAGGAGAAAAUUCAGCCACUCAGCUGCGACUUCAGGUCGGUGACGAAGCGUUUGAUUACAACGUAACUGUUCUGGUCAGAGUCAAGGACAUGUACGGAGACUUCACCGAAAAUAGAGACGUUCACCUACAGGUAUAUUAUAAUAAAUCGUACGUACCAACGGACGAGGACGACGUAGCUUCUUUACAGGAACUCUUUGAUAGAUUCAACUCAAUCUUCUACCCGUUACAAGGGGGAGGCAACAAGAUAGCCUUGGUGCAGUUCGUCGGUUCAAUGACAGCCAUGCUGGACACCAUAAACGUUUUUACUAACGGAAGCAGCAAACUUGAUAACGAAAUGUUAAAGAAAAACUACGACCUAGUGCUGACACUUAGAGGAGCUGUAUCGCUGGAAUCGAGCGAAGCCUUGAAUGCUGUAGAUACAAACAACGUGAUGCAGAAAACAAAGGCCUGUUUAGGAAACCUGAACAUUGUGAACGACUCCUCGCUGGAUGUUGGUGUGGAAACUGCUUUAAAACUUGUCAAUAAUUUUGAAAAUUUGACAAUGAUGAGGCCCUUUCCUGUUGAAGACUGGCAAAGCGUACUUAGUGGAAUAUCAGGUGCAUUUGAUGUCGUGGAUACUGCGAUCGGAAAGCUGGUUCCUGAUACGUCCAUUAUGUCUGACACAGUGACUUAUGAUAGCGUCGUAAGAGAAUAUGACUUGAUGCAUCCAACCAAUAGUACUCGAACAGAAGAGGAGCUGGCCCAAAGACAAGAACGGAUACAAAAGGCCUACAAUGACAAACUAGACACGCAGGAACAAAUCGAGAAGAGACUUGAGUCUGGUCAGGUCAAUGUUACCGUAUACAAUAUGAUAGCAGCUUUGGAAAAUGCGCUCAGUAUUAUCGGAAACACCAUUUUGGUAGGAGAACCAGAAAGUGUUAUUGAGAGAAGCAAUGUGAUCAUGACAUUGGAGAAAACGACAUUACAAAGUCUAGUCAAUCGAACAAAUAAUAAAACUGCUUUCAGAAUGGACUUCAGCAAUUUCACUGCCAACUUCAAUGAAUCAGAAGAGUUACAGAUUAAGACGGCAGUCUUCAAAAAGAUUCCCCAGUACCAUGGUAAAGGGGCAAAUAAACUGACCUCAAAAGGAAUCAUGGUUGACGUUAAACACAUCAAUGGCUCACGGGCAAACAUUAGCAUGGAUCUGCAAAUCUCUAAUGAAGGAGUUGCUUUCUCAAAGAAGUAUCAGCCGCUUUAUUUUCAGGAUGAUCCAGACCGGAUGUUUUAUUUCAUUUUUGAUGUGUCGAGUGAAAAUGAUGCCGUCAUAUGUUAUAUCCGACCUGAAAAUUUCAACCCGUUUGAAUACACGUCCUUUGGGCUUUAUGACGUGUUUGUUCGGUACAAAGACAUCCCGUCAACUACCUUGUUUGACUGGACCUACAGCAUGACCAUUAGGGAUUGGGUAAAUGCUAAAUAUGGCUUCAAAAUCUUCGUUCCGGAAAACAUACUCAAUGUUGGCAAAGGUUACAUGGCACUGAAGCCUCUCAGUGCGCCACCUCCGCCCAAGAUAAGUACCAGACUUAGAAAAAGACGAUCAGUGGGUGCAAAUACAACAUCAACCAAUCAGACGAUAACAUCGAAUGAUACACGCAUGUUUGAACCUGCUAACGUCAACUUCACCAUGGUGAUUGUGACGACUGGUUGCCGCACGUGGGACGAGGACAGGCAAAUAUGGACCUCCACAGGCUGUACCGUACUUCCUUUCUCCACGCUGAACGAGACUCUCUGUCGGUGUCCGGAAGCCACUGGAAACAUGUUUGCAACCACAUUCGCCAACAGCAUUAACUUCAGCACUGUUUGGUCAAAGUUUGAUGUCAAUAACGCUUCAGUGUAUGGAACGUUGAUAGCACUUAUAGUUUUGUACGUACUUGUUUGCAUAUGGGCCAGACGAAAGGACAAGAAGGACAACGAAAUGUGGAAAACCACGUUCCUGUGCGACAUCGAUAGCACUGACCAACAUUUCUAUCUGAUGACCGUUCACACGGCGAUGAGGCGUGGAGCGGGUACCGAGUCAAACGUCAGCUUCGUGGUAGGGAGCGAUGACAAAGAUUCUGGAGUCAAAAUACUCAGUAACGGUGAUAAAAAGGGAUUUCCAACCGGAAGUGUACGCAAGUUUAUAAUGGGAACAUUUGAAUCACUUGGAAAUCUACAAUAUCUUAGGAUCAGCCAUGACAACUCUGGUAAAGGGAACACGGCCUCGUGGAAUUUACAUAAAAUUACGAUUGAUGAUCUUCACAACAAUAACAGAUUUGUUUUCCUUUGCGAAAACUGGCUGUCUGCUGAUCACGAAGAUGGACAGACAAUACGGACAAUCCCUGUAUGUAACAAUGAAAAGCUGAGUGAAUUUAAUACUUUGUUCCCAGAAUACAUGAGACAUGGUAUAACCGAGGACCACUUGUGGCUCUCCGCAUUCAUGCGUCCGGAAAGAAGCAGUUUUAGUCGCUUGCAGCGAGUAUCAUGCAUCCUUAUGCUCCUGUUUCUGACAAUGAUCACAAACGCCAUGUUCUUCAAGUCAGACUCAGAGGAAGCUGAGCAGGCUGCUCAUGUCUCCAUUGGGAUGAUGCGGUUUUCCUUGACAACAGUGUAUAUUUCAAUAUUCGGCAUACUAAUAACAACAGCUCCGGUUUUAUUGGUGACAUUACUGUUUACUUACUCAAAACCGAAGCAACCGAAACAACAAAAGUCGAAGAACAAAUAUCUGGAAGAGGAGUGGCAGCAGAAGCCUCAUAAUGACUAUACCCUCUAUUCUAUGGACCACUUGCCUCUUCCAACUUUUGUUAAGUACAUAACAUGGAUUAUCGUCGGUCUCGCCGUCAGUACAUCCGCGUUCUUCCUGCUGCUUUUCAGCAUGGAGUGGGGCAAGAAUAAGUCGGAUGAGUGGCUCACGUCCUUUUUAUUUUCAACAGCGUCUUCAGUUGUCUUCGUGGAUCCCAUGAAGGUUUUAUUGUUCGCAAUGCUGCCAAUUAUCAUGUGCCGGAAACCAUUUCAAAACAAAGCUCCAAGGAUGAAUUUACAAAAUGUGCGCAAGGUGGCCAUGCAAAUGAACGGUAGUAAUAUCCGAGACCUUAUAUAUUUCCGUUCGUCCAUUUUAUCAUCAAAUGCUUCCAAUGAUGACGCUGACGCUGUAAGGAAAGUACGCAUACAACUCGAAAAGGAAAGGAAAGCUCUGCAAGCGUUCAUGGAAAUUAUUUUCUACGUCUUCUUUUCCUAUGUAGUGUUCAGUAUAAGUUAUAUCGAUAGGGAUGUGCGAUCCUAUCAGUUAAAGCAUCAUCUUCUCAAUGAAAUGAAUCCUCCCAAAACUGGAUUUCGACAGAUACGUGAUGCCGAGGGAUUUGUUAAAUGGUUAAAUGGAACAUUCUACUCAAACUAUCUUCCAAUAUCCCACUACAACGGAGAAAGUUUGGGAGCCAGGGAUCGAUUUUAUCUUAAUGAUCUGGUAAACACGAAGAUAGGACCAGCACGUCUUCGCCUUGUCCGCAUGCGCAGAGGCGUGUGCCGGAAUUUAAUUAAGAAUCGAGACUGUGUUCCUAGCUACGACAUGUAUGAGGAAGACGAACUGUCCUAUUGUGUUGGCUGGAAUGACAACACGUCCACAACUUGUAACAGUCGGUAUCUGUACACUAUGGAUGCUUGGAGGUACAAACGGUCCGAGGACAUAUGGGGUAUACCUAUAACAGGCGAAUAUGAAACAUACGGAGGCGGGGGCUACAUCAUGAAGCUCGACAACAGACUUGAGAACUCCAUUAACAUUGCAUAUGAGCUGAUAUGGUACAACUGGAUCAACAGGGCGACAAGAGCUGUGUUCUUGGAAUUCACAAUUUAUAAUGCUAACACAAACCUGUUCGUAUACAUGAUUUUCCUAACAGAGUUCACGGAAAACGGCGGCCUCCUGACAUGGGUCGAUGUCUAUCCCUUUAGGCCCUACCAGCACACGGGUGCCCUUGGUGUGUAUGCUCUCAUUUGCUACUUUAUUUACUUAGUAGCAUUGGUAAUUGAAAUAAUUAAGUUGAUCAUGAAAUUUAAAAGUCAAGGUUGUAAGUGUUUACGCGUUUCCUGGAACUUGAUUGACGUUCUUUCUGUGGUAUUGAGCUGUGUUGCUGUAUCGCUGUGGGUCCUAAGGUUCGUCUAUUCGAAACAGGCGAUGAGCUUGUAUUACGAUGACAAAAAUGCUUUUGUCAAUUUUCAGCACGUAGUUAUAUGGGACAUGCUGUUUAAUGUAAUGUCUUCAGCACUGGUAUUCAUCUCCAACAUACGAUUGCUCCGCCUUCUUGGAUACAACAAGAGAAUGUCACAGCUUUCCAACGUCAUAUCUAAUGCUGCCACAGACUUGACAGGCUUUGCCGUAGUAUUUAGUAUCGCUUUCCUUGCAUGGGCGAUGUUUGGGUAUCUAGUCUUUGGGUCCCAAAUGUACGACUACAGAAGUGUGUUUACUGCAGUGGGAAGUCUCUGCAACUCAUUGAUUGGCAAAAACAAACUCGACAUCAUGAUCCAAGCGUCGCCAACGUUGGCUAAACUGUUUUACUUUUCGUAUGUCCUGUUUGUGAUGAUGAUCCUUAUGACCAUGUUUGCCGUAAUUUUAAAUCAGAGCAUAAACGUCGUUAGAUGUGAUACUGCAAAAUGUCCGGAUACUUAUGGAAUUAUGGACCUGUUGACCAAGUCAGUAUACGCCAUACUCGGGAUAGCAAACAAGAACCGUAUACGCCAAAUCCCAAGAGAUACAUUCGGUAACUAUCUUCCGGAAGGCAGUUCCAAUGCACAUCUUGAUACCACCAACAUUUUGAGAACUAUGAGAGACAUCUUCGGUGGCGGUUGGUUAAACAAGGCGACACUCGACGGAAGUCCAUGGGAGGAGAAGGAGGAGAAGGAUAUGGAAAUUAACUGUUCGCCAGAUCUGGAGGAACGACCACAGGACAAUGCCUUGUUUCGCGAGUUUAUGCCAGAACUGUUCAGUCUACCGAUCUCAACCACAGAACGAACCAACGAGAAAUACCGUAAUAAACAUUUAUAUCUAUCAUACACGUGAUUCUGUCAAUCAAAUACUAUUUGCACAACUACUGCAAACAAAAUCAUCUGAAUGAUCCCUGUACUACUGUCAAAAAUGUAACUAUGCUUAGGAAAUAUAUUUUCUCCGUAUACUAUAUACUCCAGCCAGUUUUCCUCUCGUAUCUUACCCUGAUAACCUUUUCUUUGAACCCCUUUUGCACUUCUUCUUUUCGAAUCCUAUAUGUAUAUCAUGAUUGUAUUUCUGGAAUAUUCUAUCGACAAUGAAAUAAAGUUUAAACUAAACAUACGUUCUCUGGCAAGACAAUUGCUUCGAUAAAUCAUUUUUGGAAAGAUAGGCAUACAAUCAUGUACCUUGUGGAACAUUAAAACAAAUUAUUAAGGUCGAAGAAACAAAAUCAACAAUAUCUUCUUAAUAAAAAAAAAAUGUAAUGGGACCAUGAUUCGAACCCUUGACCUAAGAUGAUUAUACUGUAGCUCUAACAAAGUUAACUAGAGCUACAUGUACAUGUACCAGAACUUCGGUAGUACUCUUGCCAAAUUGCGCUACAGUUACACACAAAAUACGGGGAGAUAACUGUAUAAAAGGAAAACUACACUGACAUUACAAAUCCUUUGCAUGCAGUGGGACAGAGAUCCUUUAAUUUUUAACAAACUUCAAAUUAUGUUCAUUAGUACAUGUUCAUCAUCAUAUAUCAAUUGCUAAGUAAAAAAUAGAUCUGUUUAUCAUCAUAUCUAAAUCUACUUUUAACAGUGUAUCUAUGAUUCUGAUUUGAAGUCGAUGGAAAAUGUAGUUGUUAAGAUAAGUAGGUUUGCUAAUUGGUGCUUCAUAACGUCCACAUUGGAUAAUUUUAAAAGAAAGUUGAAUAUGUGUAUGGCAAUGGUAAGACUUGUCUUAUAUAGACAACCAGCUGUGCAAUAAACAGACAUGGUUUUUAAAAAAAAUGCAAACCAGGGUUAUUCUGUAUAAACAGUUGUUCAUACGUUCGUUCAAAAUAAACAAUGAAUAUAAAAAAAUACAUGCAAGGCAGGAGAGCCUAAAUAAGAUCAGUACCCGAACCAGAUCACUUUUUGCAUUUAAAAUAUAUGUGUUAACAGUUCAAACAGCUGAGUAAUUUAUUGUUUUUAGUUUAAAUUACACAAGAAGACGAACUGCGAAUUCCAAAUAAAGGAUUUUCUUUACGUUGUUAAAAAUGGCGCGUGUGAGGACAAUGCCUUCUGUUUCGGACUGCAGUCAUAAAUUUAGCCUAAUUACGUACUUGAAUUCACGUUAAUUCCGAAGUUCACCAGAUUUUUUUUAAAUGUUGACAAAAAACUAUUAGUUUGAAACGUUACAUAUUGCUAAAUUCAAACCGUGAUCCGAUCGAAAACGUCAAUUGGUGGCGUCGGAGUGUUCCAUGAAUAUUUCAUUGAUAAGAACACUCAUCGAUAUUCUUCUUUUGAUGUAACCAUUAAUGAAUAUAAUUUGUGCUGUGAAUUUUCAAUGAAUAAAUUAAAGAUGAUUUGGUGAUCCAUAUUGGGUACUGUCACCUCAAUAUGUAACUAUUUUUCGCUAGGAUACUUACAAUGUUUUUAAUUAGUUAAUUAAAAAAUGUACAAUUUUGUGUAUAAGCUGAUAAAGUUAUAUAAAGUUCCAUGCUUGUGUUUUUCGUUGCAUGUACUGACAAAACUGUUUUUUGCUAUAACAAAUACAUUAUAUGCCUUUUUAUACUAUGUGAAGUUUCGGAAUAUGCAUUACAAUACGGUAGUAUUGCUUUCGUGCAACUAAACAGUCGUGCAUAUUGACUGUAUAUUUAAUGAUAGAAAUGUGUUUUCGUUACGUCAACGCUGACCUGUAAUUGUUUUGUUUUCAUGUUUCAAAAUAUCGACCUAAACUUGACCUGUCACAAUUUGUGAUGAAAUUUAAUUUGUUUGAUCUAUGAUACAACUGUAUACACGAAUGCAUUAUUAAGACACAUACUGUAAACGUAUAUAUUUUAGCGGUAAUCUGAUAUCAGCGCUGUUCGCACUUUACGUAAUGCGCUAAAUUUUGACUACGCUUUUUGAAGUUUCUGUAUCUAGUUUCCAAUAACGCGAGUGCGCCAACUCAUCCAUUCGCUAUUCCCUUAACAUUUGAUAAUACGCUAAGAUUUGCGUCCGCUAAAAUACCACUUUUACAGAACUAUAUAUGUGAAAUUCAACAAUCGGUCGUCAUUGUUGUAAAGUUUUAAUAUGCUGUUCCUAUGAUGCAGUUUGUCCACGUCAUUAUAAAAUCGUUAAAUGAGUUAUAGCGUGAUUUAUAAUUUAUAAUUUAUGAUUUACCUUGAAUGUUUAAAUUGUAUAUUCAUAUUGUUAUAAUUUUUUUCUUAAUGAAGUAUGUAUGUACUGGUAUCAAAUAUAUUUACACCACAAUAGACCUUCAAUGCUUUUUUAGUGAUUAUCUUUUAAUGGCCGUGGCUGACCGUUACAGGACGAAGCGAACAUACCUCAUACCGGGAAAGUUUUAUCUGAUCAAACAUCCGCCUUUCACCUGAAAAUACAUGUCCUACCAGUGUAAAGUACCAUUUCCUGAUAAAAUAUGCUGUGUACUGAGAAUCGCUUAAGAAAUCAAUUUGCCGUCAAUACCAAAGGAGAAAAAGUUAAACUGCGACAAAAACAAAUCCCAGUGUACAGUAUUAUUUGCAAAGAAUAUAACUGUAAAAAGUGUAUCUUACCUUUGUAGUAUAUAUAAUUGUUUGUAGUACAUCUUUCUGUUUUUUAGUAUAAAUGAAUGUUUUUAAUUAUCACUUUUAGUGUAUAUAUAUUAAUUGUCUUCAAACAUGUGUCGGUUCUGCGAUGAUUUAGUCGGUGAUUACCAAGGUUAGAGUAGAAAAAAGACCAUUCAAGCUCCGCAACAUAAUGCAUUUUAAAGGAUCAUUUAUAACGGGCAGACAUUUUGUCUUAUUUAUCUAUAUAUAUAUUAUAGUGUUGCUUUGCUAUGACCUGCUGUAGAUCGUCAGCAGGUUCACACUUUUAUCGGAUCCGGAAGCAUAUGUUCUAUCUGUUGCUGCAAUAUCGUUUGCCAUGUAUACUGUAUAAAACUGAUUAUAUGGUUUCUCACUAGGGUAGUGCGGGUUUUUUUUUUUUUUUCCUUUGAGCAUUAUUAUGCUUGUUUGUACCUAACUAUCUGAAAAAAAUCCAAAAUAUUUGUGGUGUAUACAUUUUUUUGUUUUUGUAUGUAUUUUAGUGUCAGUAAAAGUACCCUUAUGGUUUUAAGUAUUUUAUUAACAAUUUCAUAUAUAUAUUUAUAUAUAUCAACAUGUCAAUGUUAUAUUACUCAAUAUAUGAUUGUGAGAGAUUAACUUUACCGUUUAUCAGCGAAGAGACUCAUUUGCGAAUUUUAAUCCUUGGGAAAUUAUCGAAAUAGCAUCCUCUCGGUCACGAAUUCAAGUAUUAAUUUAAAAAACCUCGAGACAUAAUUCACGAAAUUAACUGCACGUGAAAUUAUUUAUAGUGUCUUAAUUAUUUGUUCGUAUCCGACACUUUAGUGAUUUUAGAUACAGACAAACCUGUUAUGCAACCAGCUCUCUUAAGAGACCAUCUGUGUUAAGAGACCACCUGUGUUUAGAGACCACCUGUAUUAAAAGACCACCUGUGUUAAGA